AUGCGUGGCACGAGCCUAGCUGAUAAGAUAAGCCGGGGCUACACUUGCGUCAUGGACCGAUCGAUAUUGGGCCUGAGAGUUCGUAUGAAUCGCGUGCCACCGAUGGGCUGCAACGAGGUCGAAAUGGACGACUUCGUGUCGGGGGAGGAGAGGCAGCCGAUUGUGCUGACGAGUGCAGAAGGUCCGCCCGGUGGGACGGAGCCACGUACGGUCCGACUCGUCGAUGGCUCAAGUCCCCUCGAGGGUCGUUUACAGAUUCUCCACAAGGGAGAAUGGAGAUCCGUCUGUACCAACUCGAGAAACUGGACCCGGGCGGACCUCGAGACGGCCUGUCGGGAGCUCGGCUUCCAGGGCGGUCGCUGGUGGGGCUGGAUGGACCGGCAGUGGCCGGCGAGGCCGCGGUUGCUCUACGAGCAGCCCCAGUGCCGCGGCACCGAGUCAUCGCUGCAAAGUUGCGGCCGAUGGCCUUACAGGAUGCUCGGUGCCGGUGUAUGUGAUUACCAUCCGGAUCUUGGUAUAGCUUGCUCUCCGUAUCACGACGGUGCGACCAGCGCGAUCAAGCACUGGCGGGGAUUACGAUUCGAGGCCGCUCUUUACGACAGGCCUCUCAUUCAGGAGAAUACGCUCUACGUGCGCAGGUCCAAGUCCAUUCUCAAGCACGUAGAAAUUCGGCAUGCGGGGACCGGGCGUGAAUUCAACGUCACGUCGGCUUUGCACGUUGAAGGUGUCCCUCCUAGAAUGGAAGCCAUCUCGAUUAUCGGCUCGGCGUUUACCGGCAUUAACGUGACCAUUCCCGACGCACCAAUUGUAAUUUCCAACUGUACAAUCCAGAGUAAUAGAGGAUACGGAAUCUACAUGAAUAGCUCCACCGGCCAAGCGCAUAUUCAUAAUUGCGUAAUUGUAGACAACGAGGCCGACGGCAUUAAGUACGUACAUCAUGACGAGCGACCGGACGACAGGGCCGACCGGGCGGACGUAUACGAUCUCUGCACCUUCCCCAGGACGGCUAGCCAAACCUUACCCAUAACCAUAUCGCUCGAACAGAGCAAGUAUGCACCGAAUCAGAAGCGUUGCCCACAGCACAUUUUCACAACGGCAGGGCAUGUUCUGACCGUGCACUUUUUACAAAUGAAGACUGACCGAAACGAUAGUGCUGUCAUAGAAGUAUACGAUGGGAUAAGCACCGGAGAGAAAUUGUUGGCACGUGUCAGUGUCAGGAAUGGCACCCUACCACAAAGUGUCACUACUUCCAGAGAAAAUUUGUACAUUAAAUUUUUUGCCGAGCCACGCACUUCCAUGAUUGCUUUUCUGCGUCUUACGUCGGGUUACAAGAAAGCCUACGACCUGAACGUUACGAGCAGCACGAUAGCGGACAACAAUGGUCGCGGAAUAGCCGCGGAGAGGCUGCGUUCGGCCUUGCACAUAGACGAUACCUCGGUGUCGAACAACCGACACGUGGCCGGUGUCCACGUACUUGGUGGCGUGCCCGACGUCAACGUCACUGGUAGUCGCAUCGCCUUCAACAGGGGCGACGGCAUCAACAUCACAGUGACCGGCGGUAGCCGCAACAUCUCCCGGACGAGUAUCUCGUCUAACCGAGGCUAUGGCAUCGCCGUCUGGCUCAACGACAGCUCCACCAGCGAGUACGUGCACUUCAAUCAGACGACGGUCGUCGAGUACUCGGAGAUCUUCCGCAAUCACGAUAUUGGCAUCCUAGUGGGCAACGCAACCGGCAAUUCUUACGUCAACAUCACCGGCAAUUGGUUCAACAGCAGCUCCGAGACGGCCAUUCAAAUAGAAUCGAGCUGGCGCCACAAGCAGGGCGUCCUUAAGCUUCAGAUCGGCCACAACGUAUUCGUACAAAAUGCGAAACUCGGCAUCAAGCUCAGCCCGGCCCUCAACAUCGACGGUACCAUCGAGUACAAUCAUUUCCGUGAGCACACGUACGGCGGCAUCCUCGUACGUAAUCCCUUAUUCGAGGAGUUCAACAUACUACCGGCGGAUCUACUCAUUCAGCACAACGAGUUCUACGAUAAUCGGGGCUUCUUCGUCGCUAGCCUCGGCCUAUCACCGUACAGCGAUCUCCAGCGACUCCUAUUCACCCGCAACUUUCUCAGGGACAAUAAGGCCCGCGAGCCCUUCGACAACGGGGACGUGCAGGGCUCGCGCCUCGUUCCGCGAUCGAGGGUCUCGGCGGUGGUCGUUGUCUCGUCGAGUAACGUCCACGUCUUCCGAAACAUCCUGCAUAAUCCGGAGUCGACGUACGAGAUUGGCUCGCAUUUAGAGGAUCAGAGCAAAAUUAUCAACUGCACGUACAAUUGGCUGGGCUCCAGUGAGCAGUCAGAAAUAUUUGAGAGGCUUUUUCAUAGGAAGGACAGAUACAACCUGGCAAAGAUAGAUUACAUACCUUAUCUAUUACACAGCAGUAAUCCAGCAACUUACACGAUAAAUCCAAAUCCGACCUUCGUACCGCGCUUUCUCACACCGGGCACGAAUGUCGUGGGUGGGGAAGUCGAUGGCCAGGAGAUUCUCCAGGCCGGCGAGUACACGGUCAAGCGCGACAUAAACGUUCGCCCCGGAGGUAAACUAAUUCUUCAACCGGGUGUGACGUUGCGCUUCCCCCCGGCUGUCGGCAUCAUGGUCGCGGGUAAGCUCGACGCGCACGGCACCGGACCAAGCAACAUCCUCAUGACGCUCAAGGAGGAGAUCGUCAUCAUGUCCUCCGACAAUGACACGGCCAUGGACAUGGACAUGGACGAGAUGGCCCAGCUUGAAAAUAAUCCCAACGUCAAGAUGAGCGGACACGUUCCCGUCAGGUUACUCGGCGGCAAGACCAACCACGAGGGCAGACUGCAGGUACGAGUGGGCGACAAGUGGGGCACGGUUUGCAAUUACGGUUGGACGAUGCUGGACGCUGCGCUAAUUUGCCACCAACUGGGCUUGACCCUCGACCCCGAUAACUGGUUCAUGGAGCGAUCGCAGAUACCCAGCGCUGGGACCAACGAGGACAUCAUCCUCAGCAACGUCCAGUGUAACGAAGACGACGUGGAUGUGUCUCGCUGCAAGGCCGAAGGCAUGGACGAGUUCGAGAACUCGUGCACUCACGAGAACGAUGUUGGGGUGAGGUGCACCGAGGCUGCCUGGGCUGGCUUAAGACUCGGCCCCUUGGCCCUCAGGAGUGAUCUGCAAUAUCUCACUAUCGAGAGGGCAGGCUUGUUGGAUUACACAACCAGCUCGUUCAAGCCAGCUCUGCAGAUAGAUUUUGCCCGACACUCUCUGGAAGGGGUUAAGGUGAUAAAUAACCUUCAGGAUGGCCUGGGCAUCCUGUAUUCUGAUAUCUAUUCGGCGGACGCCGUCAACACUGUGCGCAACAGCGACUUUUCCAAUAACCGCGGCAGCGGCAUAAGUUUCAAGCAGCUGGGACUGCGCAUCUCGAGCUCGCGCUUGGAGAAUAACAAAAUCGCCGGCAUCAGGCACAACCCCGCCUUUUCGGCGGUACAACAACGGGAGUUCGCGGGCUGGUUCAUAAGCUCACCAGACACCUCCUUGGAUUCGAGUUACGAUCCCAUAAUAGUGCCAAGCCACGGUUCCGACAUCGAACUCUCGAUGGGCGAGACCAAGUACCUCGUCACCUCCAAGGUGUAUGGCGAGGCCAUCGACCGCUACCAUCACGUUCGAUGUACACCCGGAUAUGUUGUUGGUAUCCAGCUAUUAAAUCCCAUACAGAAUAGAAGUACCGAGCGAAUAAUUUUACAUGAUUCACAAAAUAUUAAACACCCUGGAAACUCCUGGCAUGUAAAGAGAGAUCUUACGGUAUUUCCGGUUGCCUCCAGUUCGUACAUUGUUGUGUUCGAGUAUCACAGCGGCGAGAAUGCAUUGGGUGGAACCGUCAUUGUGCUCACUGCACUUCCAGCACCCAUUCAGGAUAUAAAGAAUCGAAUAGUUCGCGGGCCGAUUCCGACUCUUCGAGUAUCGAAUACGAAAAUUCGCGGAAAUCGGCGAGGAAUCCUCGCCUCGUAUUAUAAUCGCUAUCUGGACGAAUGCGGCGAUCACUACCUUCGUAAAGCCAACGAAUCUUUACAAUUUAUUAAUUGCGAGAUAUCCCAUAAUUACGAGGAAGCAAUCUACGUUCAUUCGCCCCAUUGGAACGUUUUCAAUUCCAACAUUUCCGAAAUAGCAAUACAUAUAAACAACAGUCUCAUAACCGAUAACGGCCGGGGAAUGAUCCAGUACAGUCGGGACAUGCGUCAAUCCAACAACCUGUUCCACUGGAUCGUGAAGGACAGCACGAUCGAGCGGAACCAGGGUGGUGGCUUCGAGAUCGCAUUACCUUACGUCUGGCAGUAUAACGAGAAUUUCACCCACUCGAUCUACAUGGACAACAACACGUGGCAGGCGAACGAGCAAUUCGCCUUCGUCGUCGACGGACAUUACGCGAGCUUCAACAUGUCGCGCAACCGCUUCGACGGCAACCGCUGCAAAACCGGCCUUAUAUCCAUUCGCGGUAUGGAGAAACGCAUGAGGAUCGAGGCGAACAGUAUCGAGCACAACGUCGGGGCGUUCAUGCUGGAGUUCAGAGCCGACAGCCAGUCGGAGAUUCUCGGUGAAAUUGACGCGAGAUUCAUGUACAACGAGGUCAAGCAGAACAGUCGUGGCGCUGUCGCCAGUCGUGGCAUACAUCAGAUGUUCGACACACCGACCUAUGUCGUGGGUUUUAACGGUAUCCAGAAAGUGCGCGUGAACAGAAAUUUAUUUGGCGAAAAUUCUCUGGAUUACGAGCUACUUGCGGGCAUAAGAACCGCUAAAAUUAAUAACAAGGUCGACGUGUCAGAAAAUUGGUGGGGCACUGCCGAAGAUCUUCAGAUCAGGCAACGAAUUUUCGAUUUCGACGACUGGAACGACCACGCCGUGGCGGAUUUCCGCCCAUACUUAACGACUGAUUCUCUAGAUUCCUCGAUAUCUGCAUCUUGGGAGCCCAUAACCGAGAUAGAUUUAAAUAAUCUCGGAGGACGUAUCCUUGACAAUCUAUCCCUUUACUCGAGACCACAACCGUACGUCAUUCGCUCCGACAUAACUGUCAUGCCCGACGCCACACUACACAUAUAUCCGGACGUCGUUAUGGAAUUUGCUCCGAACGUUGGUAUUCUCGUACUGGGUACCCUGAAAGCCAUCGGUGCACCCGAUCACGAGAUCAUCAUGCGGCCGAUCCAAGAGAAAAACGAUAAACCCAUUACUCGGAAGAGGAGUGCAAAUUCUGAAACUAUUAGAUUGUGCAAAGAGGAGAAUUGCACCAAUGCUACAAAUGAAGGAUUCUUGGAGUAUUUUAAUCGAACAACUCUGCAAUGGAUACCGCUUUGCGAUAAACGUUUCACCGAACGGAAUGCACAAGUGGCCUGUCGUCAAUUAGGCUACGAACCAUUAAACGUUUACGUUUCAAGGGACCGACGAUACGAAUUGCACCCUGGAUCCCUAUCCAGAAUAUGGUCCUGGUCCGAACCUCUGCAGUGCACCGGAAAGGAGGAGAUUUUGGAAGACUGCCAGAUUCGAUUGAACGGCCAAUUGUUCGGUCAGCGCUACGAAUGUCCUUGGGACGGGAAAUUUGUAUUUCUGCAUUGUGGUCAGCGAAAUCUCGACUCGUCGCUCAAUUAUUGGGGCGGCAUACGCAUUGCCAAUAGCGAGUUCGAGCAUUACCUGUAUGAGUAUCGUAUUCACGACGUCGUGACUCACGAGACCGUUCGACGGGUUGAGUCAGUGGUCAAAUAUGUGAAUAUCACAGGCGCCGGAAUAUUGCACAACGAAAGGUCAGCGGCUAUUCAGUCGAUCAUAAAGUCACCCAGCGUAACCCGCGUGAACAUUGAUCGAAGCGCUUAUCAUGGCAUCAACGUUAUAUCGCCGACGCAUACGGUUGAAUUACUGUUCAAUCAAGUUAACAAUGUGCUCGGAAAUGGUAUCAAUAUUUUAUCACUGACGGGAGAAGGCCGUGAGGCCGACGAGAGCUCAUUCACUCCCUUGAAAGAUUUAAAUAUUCCAUACCAUUUAUUUAGCAUCGUUGAUAUCUGUGAUACUACCAAAGAAGUCACAAUAGAAGAGCGUGUACUAUUGUAUUACAAGUAUGACAACAACCCGGUGAACUGUGUGAAGAUCUUUCGUAGUAAUCAUCGCGCCAAGCCCUUUGGUUUUCGUCUUUUACAAUUCAAUUUGUUUAAUUCCACUGGCAAGCCAGGCAGGAUGGAUAGCUUGACGCUUUACGACGGUGAUAUUUACAAUGUGACGGUUAAAAAGAUCGACGAACUCUAUGUCAACAAUCACAUUGAAAAGAAACUAUUUAAAACACAAGGACCAAGUUUAAGUGUGAAGCUUUUCGCAACUGGCGCAAGUAAUGUUCACGGAUUCAUUGCUGAAGUUGUCACAUUGCCUAUAUCGGCAAUAGGAUUUAAUCGCGACGUACAGCACAAUAUAUCUUAUUCCGUGAUUUCGAAGUGUCAAGAAGACGCGGUAAAGUAUUCCAGUGCUGGCGAAGUAAAUGCUGUGAUUACAUUAGAAAGAAAUCAAUUUAUUAAUAAUUGUGAAAAACUAUAUGGAAACUUCAGUACGUGCAAGUCUGCAGUUUCGAUCGACAUUCAAAAUACUCAAUCUAUUUAUUUCAGAAAUAAUUUGGUCAUGAGAAAUCAAGGAGGACUGAAAAUUAGAGCAGACUCUCGCGGUUCUGCAACUUCUCUCAAAGGCUGGAUUCAUAACAAUCUGUUUGUAGAAAAUUUCGAUAAUCCAGUAUUGUACGUUGAAGGCCGACAAAGUAGUCCUUAUCAAGAAGUAACGAUAUUUAGAAAUUAUUUUACCAAGAACAAUGCAUCUUACGAGAACAACAUUAUUUUAAAGCAAGUCGUCAGUAAUAUGACCUUGAAUUACUUGCAUGGAAAUUUAGGAAAACACUUAUUAGAAAUUUCCGGUUUCGAACGGGUCCGACUUCCAAUAUACCAAAGCACGUCCCACAAUGGAUUUUACAAAAAUUACGCUUUAGAUCGCGAUGGACGAAGUACAAUAGUUGCGGGAACUCCAGGUCAACAAUAUGUAGACAAUAUUUUCUUUAAUCCUGACAACGAUUAUGAAAUGCUUACAAUCAAUAGAUCGCUCGUGGUCGACUCGGAAUGGUAUGCUAACCAAUUGGAGAUGUGGCGUUCGAGCGUUGACGCACGUCACAAUUACUGGGGCUACAACGAGACACUGGCGGUGGCUGGGCGCAUUCGCGAUCGAGGCGACUCGCCCGAGCUUCUGCAAGUCGACUACCAGCCUUAUCACAUGAACAAUCAGUCCGUGCUAACCGGAAAAUGUCCCCCAGCUUGGGAUCUAGUCGGCGACACUUGUUACAUCUACGUCGGAGCGCCGAUGGACUUUUAUGCAGCCCGCGAUUUCUGCAGGUCAGCAAAUGCAUCGAUGCCCUUCAUAAUGGGCGAUUACAUCGAAUUAUGGAAAUUCUUACGGAAGCAACAAGAUCGCUUCGAUUAUUCCGAACGUGUUUGGAUUCAACAGAUCGAGAAAGUUGAUCAAUGCACGAUGUUUACGUAUCAAACGAUUGAAAUUGACCAUUGUGGUCAACCAAAUCCAUUCGUUUGCGAAAUCGAUCCCAGAGUUUAUAUCGAUCCUCUCUCUUGGAGGAAGGACAUCGUCGCAGUCGGUGUACUAAGUGCAAUAGGAGUUGCUCUCGCUUUAUUAGCAACUGCUGUUUUGCUUUGGGUUUCAAAAUCGAAGAAGCGUCGCAUCGAACGACUUGAAAGAAGAAAUUCUAUUAGGCAGUCACUACAUUCACUGCGCUCAGUAGGUUCCACUUCAGGUUUUUCAGAGCUGACUUACCAAAGAAGAAAACCUAUAGCGACAAAACAGUCAACCGAUACAUUGAAUUCCCGUUCCUUGGACUAUAAGAAAAUGUCGAACGGUGGUAGCCUUGACUCGAUGGACAAGUCGCAGCUAAACUCAUCCCUCGAAGAUAACCAUUGCUACGACGUCUAUGAGCCGCACAAUCCGCGCUAUUCACCCGGCACGAGUACCGGGGGACCUGGACAGAAAUUCGUCGGUGACAAUCCAGCUUAUGACUUAACCUACCGAAACGAAGGUUUUCGUAACCAUUCAACCUUCACAUCGCGUAAUAACAGCGCUUGGCAAUCCGAGGCCAACAGUGUCGCCUCGCCCGAGGACAUGGUGACGCCGAUGAACGAGCACGUGGAUGUCUCCUCCGGCUACCUGCACAACGUGUCAACGUUGCCUCUGAACUCGAGCCUCGGUGCAAGCGACUCCAUCAGCGAACUCAAGCGCGAUUUACGCGCCAAUUCCUCGUUGGAUUACAACAACGUCGCCGUGAACGGCCUCGGGGACAGCCACUACGAGACGAGCCCGAUAACGCCGGUCUCGGAGCCCGUCCCCGAGUACUUUGGGGCCCAUAGUGCGACCCUGCCCCACGUACCGCACCACGUUCACCACCAGCAGCACCAGCCCCACCACCACUAUUACUACGAAGAUCGACCGAGAAGCGAGGCUCUCCUCGAGACCAACCUCGACGAGGACAGGCCCCUGAGAUCGAAGAGCGAAGCCAUCCUCGAGACCAAUUUUGACGCAUUUGCGCCCAAUGAGCCGACCGAGCUCACCCACCUUUCGACGGCCGCGAGAAGCAAGAGCCAACCCCUUGAGACGGCCAUGUGAAUAUUGAACAGACUCAAUCUCAUUCGUCCGCUUCCCGGUAUCCUCGACUGCAUCGAGGGAAAA